AUGGAUCUGCUUAUCCACGUGGCCCAGGACAGCGACAUGUUCAAUCUUGGCACUGGCGUUGAGAACUACAACUAUUCUGGUCUCAGCCUUGGCUUAAGGGAAGCCAACAAAACCCCAUAUCUGCUCCACGCGAUCCUCGCCUUCUCAGCGCAACAUCUAGCAUGCCUUCGUCCCGAGAGAGCCGCACACUAUCUUCAUCAAGCAGUUUCGCUGCAAACGCGUGCCAUAUCGCUCUUCAAUGCUAGCUGGACCGCGGUCGACGAAUCGAACUGCGUCGCGGUAUUGCUCUUUUCGUCAGUCCUGGGCCAUCAUUUCCUGGCAGAAACAUUGAGCAAACGCCACCCUGACGGCCUGGAUGCGUUCAUAGAGCACUAUGUGCAGUGUAUAAACAUGCAUCGAGGGAUCUUUGUAAUUGCCUACUCCGCCUGGCCGCUGCUCAUGAAGUCGGAUUUAGAGCCCAUGUUAUCCAUGAGCCACGCAUUCACAUUGCGAGAACCGGUUGGCAAGGACUGCCAUUCCUUGCAUAAUCUUAUCAAUAGAUCACCUGACCUGUCCGAGGACGAGAAAAUGGCGACGCGCACGGCGAUCAACUAUUUGCAGCUCGGCUUCGACGUGGGCGGUGCAGAUGUGGGUUUGUGCCAGGGCCAGCACCAGAUGAUCUAUAAUUGGGCGAUGCUGGUGCCGCCGAUGUUUACCGCAUUACUCGAAAGCAAAAGGCCAGAGGCGCUGGUCGUUAUGGCGUAUUAUGCGGUGCUCUUACAUCGCGGCAAGGAGCUGUGGCAGGUCGGCGAUGCUGGCGUGUACAUUUUCGAUCUCAUUUGGAACGACCUGGGACCCGAGUGGGAGGAAUUUCUGAAGUAUCCCCGAGAAAAGAUUUAG